ACACCACAGCUGCCCGGCUCUACUUUGUUGGCGAGAGAGUAAAGAGGAGUACCGUAAAUAGGGGAGUGUGUUUCUAUUGUACAUGCUUUCCCUUCAAUGAACAGUACGUUAUAUAAUGUCCGAGAAUGUCCAUUUCUGGAGCUUUAAGCAACUACUAUGUCGAUUCUAUCAUAAGUCAUGAGGGAGAAGAUCCGAACGCGUCCCGCUUUUCCAAUGUACAGUUCUCCAGCGCUAGACAACCGGGACCCGGCGACCAUCCCGAGUUCCCCUCUUGUAGUUUUCAGCCCAAACCUCCAGUGUUUAGUUCUUCAUGGAGUCCAUUCAGUUCCCACGCGUCCAAUGGCUUACCAGCAGUCUACCAUCCAUACAUACCGACGCAACCCGUGCCUUCCACGGAUACUCGAUACCUCCGCACAUGGCUCGACUGUGCCCCGAGAGCAGAGCCACUGCCUGGGCAGGGACAGGUCAAAAUGGAGCCGCUCCUUGGACAUCUUGGAGAGCCACAAAAACUCGCUGGGCAGCAUGAGUAUAUCUUGGAGUCCUCAACAGCAAGAGAGAUGAAUUCUGCUCACGGCGCCGGAUUUGAAGACAAUAAGGACAUAUGCGAAGGUAGCGAGGACAAAGAGGGACCGGAUCAAAAUGACCCAUCGGCCAACUGGUUGCACGCCCGAUCAUCCCGGAAGAAGCGAUGUCCAUACACUAAAUAUCAGACCUUAGAGCUUGAAAAGGAAUUUCUGUUCAAUAUGUACCUCACCCGGGACCGGAGGCACGAGGUAGCUCGCCUGCUGAACUUGACAGAGCGACAAGUUAAAAUCUGGUUCCAAAACCGGAGGAUGAAAAUGAAGAAAAUGAAUAAGGACCAGGCCAAAGAAUGAUAACGCGGACUGGUGCCUGACUUCCAAGCCUUUUACAAAAGAGUCUUUUAAAUCUGGAAGAUGAUGCAAACACACACUUCCCGUAUAAAUGAACUGUAUUAAAGUAUAAGGACGAGGUGAAUGACGCAAAGGAAGAAUAAACAUCCUAACAUCUUUCCAAUGAAAGCUACCUUUAUACGUUGUAUGAAAGAAACGGACACUUCAUCAGGAAAACACAGGUGUUAAGAUACUGAAAAUAUUAUGCUUUGUAAGGUUGUUUUUUAAGGUUAAGUUUUGCAUUUGUAAUCAUUCCUUUUGUUAUGGACGUGUGCUAAAUGAACAUGUAUUUAACAAAAUAUACGCCUCAUUCAUGCUUAUAUAAGUAAAAAUAGAUUUAUUAUUAUACGUAUUAUUAUUGUAACAAGAGCUAAUGAAACAGCUUUUUUUGUUUUCUAGGGUCGGUUACAUUUGUGAUGGAGUAUGCUUUUUUAGGUUUUCAAAGAUAAUUUGAAGUUUACUACAUUAUAUAUACAUUUCUUUUCACGUUUUGUGUUCAAGAAAUUUAGGGUAGUUGUACAUUUAUAGUAAAAGUCUCUUACAUCUCUUAUACACAAAGCAUCUCUUAGAUUGUAAAUAAUAAUAAUAAUAAUAAGGCCUAAUAUCCAAAUCUGCUCUCAGAUCUUUUUCCUUUUUUUAACUAUAGCCAAAAAAAAUUUCAUCGUUUAACAUUAAGCAGAUUAAUAAUUUAAUUGAAUUCAAUUGGUGGUGUAUUUCCUGGUCAUUUUUUAUUUCAGCUGUCGAAUUAUCCUUGUUUAAAAUAGGGUUCCACUUUUUUAUGGUGAAAUGAAUAAGGGAAAGAAACACCGUGUGUUAGAGUGAAGCUUCCGAGUGUAUGUUGUAGUAUGCCAGUAAUUCUAGAGUUCACUCGUACUUAAAUGUUUAACAACCUUUAAUACAGAUUCGGUCGCCGUUAUGCUUUCUCUUGUUUACAUAAAUUUGCGCAUGCCUCGAAUAGUGUAGUUUUUAUGUGCGUGAUAUUGAAGAAAAACUAGUAUUAAUUCAAAGCUGUUUUAUGUGCUGUCUUAGGAUUGUUUUUAUUUUUAAUUUAUUGUAAAUACAUUAAUAGUUCGUUUCUUUUGAAUGAAAUGUGAUUUAUUUGUUGUAAAAAGAUUUUUUUAAAAACUACUUGAAUGAGCAGAUAAACAUAAUCUUCCAAUUUUAUUUUGUUUACAUUUUCCAUAUGACCAGCUUCCGUUGUGCCUCUUGUUUGCAUUGUUAGCGUGUUUUGUAUUUUUUACUUCUUCCAUGUUGCGUUGUUUCCUAGCAGAUUUCUUGUUUGGGUCGAAAAACUAUUUUGCUGUUUGAUUUUACUCUAAAAUUAAGCGGGUCUAUCCUCAAAUUGCACACAGUGUUUAUAGUUAGUGCUCACUAACCAAACUCACCUUCCCAACCCUUCCAUGACACACAUACGCGCGCGCACACGCGCCCACACACAUACGGAUUUUUCUUGUGCUGUUUUAUAGUGCACUAACACGUUUAUUCUCUGGUGGACUCUUGUCUUACAUUUCAUUUAAGACAAAAAUAGCACAGAUAGAUUUAAAAGCAAUUUUGUAGAUAUUCACUCACGUCGACAUAUCGUUUAUGUAUACUAGCUCUUUUUAUUUUGUGUUACUGUUUGUUGUGUUGUUAAUCUGUGCUAUUGCACGGCUGAUGCUGGACUCAUAUUAAAAGUUUACACGGACCACA